AAAAGCAACUUCAGAAGGAGAAAGAAUACAAGCCCAGGCUGAAAUCAGGCGGGUUCAAAAGGUCACUCGGUCCCUCUGAGUUCGAGCAAGAGUCACGUGACGGGUCGGACAAAAAGGGGAAGGAAUAUGUGGUUCCAAAAUACGAUUUCAAGAAAAUGGAAAUUCCAAAGCCAACCGUUGUCGAUAUCGACGAGAUUCUGGGUUCGAUCAUCAAGAAGGAGAAGGAAGAUGAGCUGCCUGAGCCUCUGUUUAAUGUCAGACUCCAACUGAACGUCACACCACUCAGAACACUCAGCUCUAAACUAGUCAAAAGUAAGAGUUCUGCGGGGAGUGGCUUCAACUCCAGACCGGACUUCGAGUCCAAACUCAGAGUCCCAUCACACGUCACAUUCCACGAAGAUGAGCAGCAACUUGGAGCUGACGAUGAUAAUCAGAACAUGGGCAACAACAACCUACUCAACUCCACCACCCCCUCCGGAAUGGAACAGACUGAGGACGACAGGGGGACUGUAGCUUCUACUGAGGACAAUGAGAGUAUAAUAAGUGAGAGUAGUGUGGGGGCGGGGUCGUCUGCAGGGGGAACUCUCAUUGGGUACUUCGGAAGAUUCAAGGAGUCGCAGCAGGGGGAGGUGUACUCUUCUCUCUUUCCCUCCCUGCAGGACUUCAAGGACAACAUCGUUAACUGCUUCAAUCUAUUCGAAAACACUGUCGGCCAAGUGUGCUCUCUGCUUCGUGAACCGCAGCUAAAGCUCUUCUAUGAACAGCCCAAGGUCAUAAUGACCAAACCCACAACCCCACGUCCACCGUCUUCGGUCAAAAGUCAAUCUUCAAACGGCAAGAAAAAGACACGGGCAGGACCACAGAAGUCGGCAGCAGGUAACUCAUCUUCGUCGCUUGUCGCAAGUGUCAGAUCCCCCUCGCCCUCUCCUUCGCCUAUGAUGUUCCUUGACGACGAUGACCUAGCUAUGAUGAAUAUGCGACAGUGGCCUGAUUUGGAUCUAGUGUUCGGACUAGACAACUGGUAUCAGGGCAAUAUUGACAAGUUGAUCACGCUGUUCAACGAUCUUUUCGAGGAAAUUGACGAAUAUGCUUUGCAAUUCGACACUUUCUGUGACAUGGUGAACAAAUCCAGACGAGUGGAUGUGGACUACUCUAUGAAGCAGAAGGAGUGGUUCCCUGAAGACUUCUUCCAUGUCUUAUCCACCCACACUGAGCAGAGGAAGUUGAUGGAGGGGAUGCCUCUGUUGAAACUAGUGGGCAUGCUCAAAGUGGACACAGAACACUUCAAGAACGUGUGUCUGCCUUAUCCAAUGAAAGUGCUGAAUUCAGUGUAUCAGAAACUACCCAAAAUGGCCAAUCAAAGAGACGAAGACUUGCUGAGCAUCGUCAGGAACUCCAACAACAAACUGGACCACUAUCCAGAAAGCGUGGAAGAAUUCGUGGACCAUCUAACUUUCCUGCAGAAGAUCCAGUCUGACAUGUCAGCUCUAGAGAAGGAGUUCGGAAUAGUGACCAGAUUGUUCACUCUCAUUAAGGAUUUCGAUGUGCCUGUACAUGCGGAACAUCAGGCUCUGUUCCAGACUUUGGGACCCAGCUUCCAGAGUUUGAAGUCGACCAUUCUGUACUGUGAGGCGAAAAAAGACGAAAACAUCCGCAAGUUCAGUGAUGACCUUGAGAAGAUCAUCUCUAAACUGAGAGACCAACUGAUGGGCAUCAGAAUCAGAGUGCAGCAUCCUGACUUACUCAAUAUAGAGACACACCCACAGGCAGCUAUAGAGCACGUCAGACUUCUGACAGAGGAGAUUGAGAAGUUGACGGGUGCUGCGAGGAGCUACUCCAGCUACCAGGAGAGAUUCGGAUCCACCCUCUCCUCCAAGAAGAAAAACGCGGACUAUCUAUUGGCGUUGUUAACAAGCGAUGGUCAUGUGAGUGCCUACUCUUCUGAAGUGAGUGCACAGACAGUCCAGUCGGAACUGAACGAGAUAGAGAGAGAUCUUACCCUCAGGAGGAUGUUGUGGGAGUCGCAAGAGGAGUGGGGGGAGUUGAUCUUCGACUGGACCCACACACCCUUCGUGGAGAUAGUGGUGGAUGCUGUCCAGAAACACGUGAACAAGUUCAACCAGACUAUAUUCAUGCUGGAAAAAGGUCUUCCAGCCAAUGAGAUCCUCCCCCAACUGCGUGAACGAGUGUCUGGGUUCAAGACCCUCAUGCCCCUCAUAGCCGCCCUGAGGAACCCCAACUUGAGAGAGAGACAUUGGGGGUUGAUCUAUGACUUGGUGGGCAGUUCGAGCAUCACAGAAUACGCGUUCACUUUGGGGAAUCUGCUGGAGACCAAGGCCAUGAUGCACAAACAAGCCAUCAGUGACAUCUCCACCAGAGCUACAAACGAAGCCACGCUUGAACAGAUGCUGAACAAAGUAGUUGAACUCUGGGGUGCCACUGAGUUCAGACUAGUGCCACACCCUCAGCAGGGCAUCAUGAUGCUAGCAGGGGCAGAUGACAUACUGACUCAAUUAGAAGAGUGUCAGGUCACUAUAGGCACCAUUCGUGGAUCUCGAUUCGUGGAGCCGAUCAAGAACUCAGUCGAGGAGUGGGAAAGGAAGUUGAUCCAGUUCGCGCGUGCACUGGAUGAGUGGAUGACAUGUCAGAGGAACUGGGUGUAUCUGGAACAGAUAUUCAACACUCCAGACAUCCAGAGGCAGCUGCCCAAUGAGUGGAGACUGUUCUCGAUGGUAGACAAGAACUUCAAGGACAUCAUGAGGCGCACAGAGGACAGACCGAAUGCACUGCAGGCAGCCACCAUUCCAGGCACAAUUGAGAUCCUGCAGACCAGCAACGGGAACCUGGAAAAGAUACUGCAGUGUUUGGAGGACUACUUGGAGACUAAGCGACUGGUUUUUCCUCGCUUCUACUUCCUCAGCAAUGACGAACUGCUGGAUAUUCUGGCGCAGUCCAAGGACCCAUUCGCAGUACAGCCCCACUUGGUCAAGUGCUUCAGCAAUGUGAAGGCCCUGGACAUGACUUCAUCCGCGAACAAGCAGACGUUCACAGUGUCCCAGAUGAUAUCUGCUGAAGGCGAAGUGUUGAACCUGACCAAGUCCAUCCGAGUGCGUGGGGCAGUGGAGACGUGGCUGGGAAGUGUGGAGAGUGGCAUGUUGGAGGCUGUGAGGAAACACACCAGACAGGGACUCAAAGGCUAUGGGGAGAUGGAACUCACUCAGUGGGUGGUCAAGAACCCCGGACAGGUCGUACUUGCUGUGUUCCAACUGUUGUUCUGCAACGCGGUCGAAGAGUCUCUCAACUCCCCCGCCCCCCAGACGGCCCUGAAUGUCUACUGCAGCACCCUAGUGGACCAGCUGACUCAAUUGACCCAACUAGUGUCCCAGCCUCUGUCCAUACAUCACAGAUUUGCAAUUGAGGCUCUGUUGACUGUGUCUGUACACUCGAGGGAUAUUCUGCAUGGCUUGAUCAAGGGAGGAGUGAGCAACGUGAAUGAAUUUGACUGGACUAGACAAAUAAAGGUUGCCUGGGACGACAACAUGCAUGUGAUUCUGAUCAGACAUGGGGUGGCCUGUUUUAACUAUGGUGACGAAUACCUCGGAUGCUCCCCCAGAUUAGUCAUCACUCCACUCACAGACAGGUGUUACAUGACAUUGACCAGUGCCCUUCACAUGCACCUCGGUGGAUCUCCUGCAGGUCCAGCUGGAACCGGAAAGACGGAGACUGUGAAGGACCUCGCUAAGACCAUUGGCAAAUUCUGUGUCGUCUUCAACUGCUCCGAAAGUCUUGACUACAAAAUGAUGGGCAAAUUCUUCAGUGGAAUCGCCCAAUCAGGUUCCUGGGUGUGCUUUGACGAAUUCAACCGAAUUGACAUCGAAGUGCUAAGUGUGAUUGCACAACAGAUUCAAAGUAUCAAAUCGGCUAAGUCUGUUUCGGCUUCGAGGCUGGUGUUUGAGGGGAAGGAUAUUAAACUGAACUUGACUUGUGGAUAUUUCAUCACUAUGAAUCCGACGUAUGCUGGAAGGGUGGAGUUGCCGGACAAUUUAAAGAGCUUGUUCAGACAGGUUGCAAUGAUGGUUCCGGACUACGCCCUGAUAGCCGAAAUCAUCCUGUUCUCUGCCGGAUUCUCCACUGCCAAACCCCUCUCUACCAAGAUAGUCAACCUGUACCAACUGGCAAGCAGACAACUGUCCCAACAAGACCACUAUGACUUUGGAAUGAGAGCCAUUAAGAGCGUGUUGGUCAUGGCCGGGCAGAGAAAGAGCAACAUGAUUAUAUCGAAAAACGUUGCCAAAUUCACGAAAGAAGAGGAAUCUCUAAUUCUUAUUUCAUCGCUGCAAGACGCAAACUUGCCCAAAUUCAUAGCCGAAGACGUCUCACUAUUCGAAGGCAUCCUUGCUGAUCUUUUCCCAGGGGUCAUGACCCCUCAAUCCAACGAGGUCGUUCUUCAGAAGGCCAUCAAUUUGGCCAUAAUGGACUUAAAUGUAACAAGUUGGAACUCGCAAAGAGAAAAGGUGGUCCAAUUGUACUCUCAACUGUUAGUCAGACAUGGAGUUAUGCUGGUGGGUCCAACUUCCGGGGGAAAAACUGUUGUCAGGAAUAUUCUGCAAAAGGCACUGUAUUAUUUGCCCGCUUUGGAUAAAGAUUGCGAUGAGUAUGAGUUGCAUAAUAAGCAUCUGCGUCGCAAGGGUCGUUGUGACACUGUGUCAAUCAACCCCAAGUGUAUUACGAUGGGAGAACUGUACGGGGAAAUCAAUGUGAACACACUUGAAUGGCACGACGGAGUGCUCGCCACACAUGUGCGCAAAUUCGUAUCCGGAGGAGAGGAUGGCAAGUCAUCGGAAGUUGGUCUCGGGAGUAGAAGCAGAUCUGCUGCUGGUGGAGAUGACUCAUCAAACACAGACUGGAAAUGGCUAAUUCUUGACGGACCCGUAGAUACACUGUGGGUGGAGAAUCUAAACACGGUUCUGGAUGAUUCCAAAGUGCUUUGUCUGGCCAACGGAGAGAGAAUCAGUCUGACUCCAGAUUUGAGACUCAUGUUCGAAGUAGACAAUCUGUCUCAGGCUAGUCCAGCUACCAUCUCCAGAUGUGCCAUGGUAUACAUGGAUCCAGUUGAUUUGGGAUGGAGACCGUAUGUGUCGACUUGGCUGAAAAAGUUGCCCAAACAGUUUCCCCCCAAAGGCCAAGAAUUCCUGGACGGGAUGUUCGACCACUUUUUGGAAGCAGGACUGAAGUUUGUCAAGUCCCACUCGAGUGAACAGCAUGUGAAGGCGCCUGAGCUGAGUAUGGUGAAGACACUUUGCACUCUGCUAGAGGCAUACAUUGAGUUCCUCAAGUACAACGGAGGCUUCGGAUUCGCACCAAAUGACGAGGAGGAAGAAGCGAAUGAAGAACAGUCACGUGUCUCCCUCACUGGAAAAGCCAAGAAGACUUCCAAAAAAAGCAACUCUGGCAAAUGGUACCUCGAAAAAUACCCGGACAACCUGGAACCACUCUUGUCCAAACUGUUCGUGUUCUGCUUCACCUGGGCUCUGGGGGGCAACUUCAGGAGGGUGGACGAUGCAGAGGAAGUGGGUGGGGGAGAUGGAAGUGUGAAUGAUGUGGGAUAUGAGUUUGAUAACUUCGUGAGGGAGUUAUUCGAGUGUGAACCACCUUAUGGUGUGCGUCUUCCCUCUGGCAACCAGACAGUGUACGCCUACUUCAUCGACAUCAUCAACGGGGGCUUUGUGCUGUGGAACAAACUAGUCCCAUCCACUAAGUAUCUGGUCGAGAAAGGAAUCGGACCUGUUGAAGACCGACCUGUUAAGAAAAGGUCCAAAAGCGGGAAAGGUCAAUCUGGCGGAAAUAAUAACCAGCAGACGGAGGCGAUCGAGUUGGUCCCCACUGUAGAUUCAGUGAGAUACUCAUUCUUGACAGUUCUUCUUACACUCUACAAAAACCCAAUACUUCUCACAGGAGAGUCAGGAAUAGGAAAAACGGCUAUUGUGCAGGAUUUGUUGUCCAAAGUUGGCCAGACAUCUGGACUGUCUACUCAUGGGGGCACAGUGUUGGGAAGGGUGUUGAACUAUUCGGACAGAGACACUGACAUUCUGGAUAAUGUCAGUCAUCUACUGGCUAUGAGUGACUCCAGAGACAAAGGAGGAACUAUCGAAAGUACAACAGAUGAAACUGCAAUGCUAUCCACUGCCGCAAAAGAAGCUCUUCGAGGAACUGUAAUCCCAACCAUCAUCCAGUUCUCAGCCCAGACCAACUCCCACAAAGUCCAAUCCCAACUCAUUUUUAAACUCAUUAAACGAGGAAAAGAGGGACUGACAGCUCCGAAAGGAAAACGAGUAGUUGCUUUUAUAGAUGACAUCAACAUGCCAAUGCCUGAGACGUUCGGGUCCCAGCCACCUUUGGAACUGAUCCGGCAGCUCCUGGAAUCAAGCGGGUUCUAUGUGUUCCCGAAGCUACAGUGGAAAAACAUACAUGAUUUGUCGGUAGUGGCAGCUUGCGCUCCACCCGGAGGAGGGCGUCAAAACAUGAGUCCUCGUCUUUUGAGUCAGUUUCGAAUGUUGGCUCUGCCGCAUCCGUCAGAAAGCUCGUUGCGCCAUGUGUUCACAGUUAGAUUAGGGCACUUUUUGGAAUCGAGGGAUUUUCUGCAGGACGUUAAAGAGCAGAGAGAGGCUUUAGUUAAUGCGGCUAUCGGGAUCUAUAACCAGAUGAGCCGGACUAUGUUGCCAACACCGACAAAAAUUCACUACACGUUCAAUCUGAGAGAUUUAUCACAGGUGAUCACAGGUCUGUUCCAAGCAGACGACACAGUAGUGAUCUCUCGUGAGUCAGCUGCCAGUCUCCUUGCUCACGAGGCCACAAGAGUGUUCCACGACAGACUCACAGACACUGCAGACAGGAAACACUUCUUCAAAAUACUCACGGAUGAACUACAUCUCCACUUCAAGAUCAAGAUGAGCAUGGAGUAUUUCGACCAAUCUCCCCUGCUCUACGGGGACUUCCUGGACCUCAACUCCCCCUCGAACAACAGAGUGUACAGACCCAUGCAGAGCACAGCUCAGAUAGCUGCCAUUCUGGAGGAGUUCCAUCUUCGCACCAGUUUCGGAGGGGGUCAAGGCGGGGGCGGAGGAGCGGCUGGCAAAGACAUGAGCUUCUUUCAGGAGUGUGUCGUCCAUAUUUGCAGAGUAUCCCGCGUGCUGCGUCAAGAGGGUGGCCAUCUUCUCCUGGUUGGUCUGGACGGAACAGGGAAGUCCACGACAGUCCAGAUAGCAUCCAAGAUAGCCCAGUGUGAGCUGUACAGGCUGACCAUUACCAGGCACUACGGAGUGUCUGAGUUCCGGGAGGAGUUGAAGGGCAUCUUCAAGAUGUGUGGGGGAUCGGAUGGGAAAAGAGUGGCGUUUCUCUUAACGGAUUCGGAUCUAAUCAAGGAGGAGUUCUUGGAAGACAUCAACUCUAUUCUGAACAGUGGAGAAGUGCCUGAGCUCUUCGACAAGGAGGAGAUAGAUGGAAUAUGCAUAGAUAUCAAGAACAUAGCCAUGGACAGAGAACUGCCAGACACUGCCACUGCACUCUACAAUUUCUUCCUUGAGCGAGUCAAAGCAAACCUGCACAUCAUCUUAGCCCUGAGUCCAGCUGGGUCCAGUUUCCGCCACAGAUGCCGGAUGCACCCUAGUAUAGUCAACUGCUGUACCAUUGACUGGAUCGAUGAGUGGAGCGAUCACGCCAUGCUCACUGUGGCCCAAAUGUCUUUGACUAAACUUGACUUCAAUCAAACGUCGGCAGGGUUCCACAAGCCCUCACGACCGGUAUCCCAAAGGUCGAGUAAAUCCUCAAGUGCCAGAAAAUAUUCAGUCACUUUGGGUUCCAUAGAAGUUGGUGGCGCCUCAGAAGUAGCUCGACCUCUGACAGGCGAGAGUCGCCAAAAAGCUCUGAAGGAAGCGCUUGCUGAUAGCUGCGUGAAAAUCUACAAAUCCGUUCGAACAAUGUCUCAGAGAUUCUAUGCUGAGUUGCGACGUCAUUAUUACGUAACUCCAAGUUCGUAUCUGAAGCUAAUGAAAUUGUACUCCAAUCUGUACGUGGAAAAAUUGAACGAGAUACUGCAAAACAGGGACCGCCUAAAAAGUGGAAUUGACAAAUUGUCUGAAGCCAAUGCAUCUGUGGCUGUUCUACAGAAACAACUGGUCAGUUUGGGUCCAGAGAUCGAAGAGAAAACAAUCGAAACAGAGAAGACACUCGCUCUUCUCAAGGAAGACCAGGCGGCGGUGGAAGAGGUGAUCCAGCUGGUGGCAGCUGAAGAGAAGGUCAUGUUGAGAGAGACGCAGAUUGUACAGGAGUACGCACAGCAAGCUAAGACUGAACUUGAUGCGGUGGAGCCAGUGUUGCAGAAUGCUAUCCGAUCUCUGGACCAGCUGAACAAGACAGAUAUAUCGGAAGUCAGAGUGUACAACGCACCACCCGUACUAGUCCUUAAGGUCAUGAGUGCGGUGUGCUGUCUGUUGCAAAAAUCACCCAACUGGCCUACUGCCAAACUGCUCCUGGGCGACCCUGGAUUUGUUGACCAGCUAGUGAAACUCGACAGCAAUAAACUACCAGACAAAGUGUUCAAAAACCUGGAGAAGUACACUCGUAGUGUGGAUUUCAACCCUGAGAACGUUAAGAAAGUAUCUUUGGCGUGUAUGUCCAUUUGCAACUGGGUGUUGGCCAUGGAGAGACACUACAAAGUCAUUAAGAUGGUGGAGCCUAAACAGGCGAGAGUGCAAGAGGCCAAGGAGGCUCUGGCUCUGGCUGAGAAGAACCUCCAGAGGAAACAGAAGUCACUCAAACUGAUCCAGGACCACAUGAAGCUGUUGGAGGAUGCGUACAAGGGCAUGGUGGAGAAGGUGGAGAACUUGAAGCUGGAGAAAGUGCUGUCACAUAAGAGAAUAGCCAGAGCAUCACUUCUCACAGACGCACUGGCUGGCGAGAAGGAUCGUUGGAUUACUUCGAUCGCAGAGUUCGAACACCUCCUUGACUUCGUAGCCGGAGACGCUCUUGUCUGUGCCGCAGGAGUGGCCUUCAACGGAGCAUUCACAGCUGGCAUCCGGGAUGAAUUGAUAACGUCGUACAAAUCAGCAUGUGUUGCGAAUGGGAUCAAACUGACCGAGGGAGUGACCUUGACACUUGGACUGUCGCAACCUCACGAGGUGUUGAAGCUCUACAGUGAAGGACUGCCCAAAGACGCGCACUCAACAGACAACGCCCUCAUAAUCAAGAAAAACUACCACUACCCCCUCAUAAUUGAUCCCCAAGGUCAAGCUGUCAAAUGGAUCUCCCAAAUGGCAGGUCACAAGCUGAAGAAGACUAAAUUAAACGACCCAAAUAUGCUGAGAACUCUGGAAAACGCGCUGAGAGUUGGGGACCCGCUUUUGAUUGAGGGUUUCUUAGAGGAUGUUGACCCCGGGCUGACCCCUGUUCUUUUGAAACAAACUGCGACUGUUGGAGGUCAAGAGGUCGUGACCCUAGGCGACCGUGAGGUUGAAUUCAAUGACAACUUCAUGCUGUACAUGGUGACUGCUAUCUCCAACCCACACUAUUUGCCAACUGUCUGUAUCAAGGUCAACUUAGUCAACUUCAUGGUCACAUUUGAUGGGCUGCAGGACCAGUUGUUGGCAACUGUAGUUCAACAGGAAAAGCCUCUCCUUGAAGAGCAGAAGCGUGACAAUUUGGAAUCCUUGGCACGUGACACAGAGACCAUCCGGGAACUGCAGCGCAAAUCUUUGCGUCUCCUCCAGAGCAGCGAAGGACAUCUUCUAGAUCAACAGGACCUGGUGGAGACCCUUCAGAGGAGUAAGGUGAUAUCGGCAGAGAUCAAAGAGAGAAUAGAGAUAUCAAAAGUGACUGCCGAGAAUAUCCAAACUGUGCGAGACCAGUACCUACCUGUGGCUAAGAGAGCAGCCAUUCUGUACUUUGUUCUGGCUGACUUGAGCCAGAUAGACGUCAUGUACCAGUUCAGUCUACCCUGGUUCACAGACAUAUUCCAGAGGAGCAUCACUAGUGACAAACUCACUCCUGCUAACCGUCCUCCAACUAAUAAAACAACCACAGCUGCUAAUGAAACAGUAGCUUCUAAGAAAGUAGCAGUAACUCCUGGCCCGACCACACCCCUUUCUCAAGGAAGAACUACGCCUACAGGGGAAAGGGGCGGAGAAAUAGAGGAGAGUCCGCAGGAGAUGGAAGGAAAUGUGGAGGAGGGUGCAGAUGAUGGAAAGUUGAAAGAGCUACUGGACUCAAUGAACAAUCGGCUAACAGAGAACAUCUUCAAAGUGGUCUCUCAGGCCAUCUUCUCAGAAGACCUCCUGCUGUUUGCAUUCCACAUCUACACCAGCAUAGAGAGGGCGGCUGGCCGAAUCAGCCCCGAAGAGUGGAAUGUGUUUCUACAUACAGAUGCACUGUCCGAUUUGGCUGAAGCUCAUACGACCAGUGAACCAGAAACAAAACCCAUUCCUUACUCGCGACUUCUCAACAUAGUUGAUUCACACACACAAGAACCCCUGUUCCAGUGGCUAUCACCAUUAGCCUGGAAACAGUGCCAGCUCCUGUCUGGGUCACUAGAAGUGUUUCAACAUCUGAACAGAUAUAUAAUUGCCAGCCCCCACCAGUGGGUGGAGUUUGGCGAGAGUGGGGAUCCGUUUGGAGUACUGGAACGAAAACCGAAGACUGAGGAUGACUCCAACGCUUCAAUAGAUGCUGCAGCUUAUGAAUGGACCACCCUCUCCGAUUUCCAGAAACUAAUACUGGUCAAAGUGCUUCGUCCGGACACCUUUGUACCCUCAGUUAGACAAUGUAUCCACUCACAAAUGGGGUCCCAGUACGUCUCGGGGGUGCAGUUGGAUAUGGGGGAGUUGUUCAGACAGGCCACUCAUUACACCCCUCUCAUUUUCCUUCUAUCGCCUGGGUCAGAUCCAGUUGCUCAGCUGAUGAAAUUCGCUACUGAAGAAAGAGGCUCAGCACUCCACAUAGACAUGAUUUCACUUGGAAGAGGCCAGGGACCUAGGGCGGAAGAGUUGAUAAGCAAGGCGCAAAUCCUGAAAAACCGAUGGGUGUUUCUGCAGAACUGCCACUUGGCAUCGAGUUUCAUGCCCAGACUACAGGAACUGGUUGAGAGUUUCUCGAAGCCUGGCGCGGAUGUGGAUCCCAACUUCAGACUGUGGCUCAGUUCCAAACCCAACGCCGCCUUCCCCAUCCCCAUCCUACAGCAGGGACUCAAGAUGACGAUUGAGAACCCACAAGGUAUUAAGGGAGCUCUGGGUAGAAUAUUCAGCAGUGGGUCCAAUGCCACUGUGACAGAGAGUAUCUGGAACCAGAGGAGCGAGGUGCCUGGAUCACCAUGGAAGCAAAUUUUAUACAGUCUUUGUCUCUUCAACUGCGUCGUCGUUGAGAGACGCAAAUUCGGAGCGCUCGGCUGGAACAUCCCCUACGAAUUUACUCAGAAUGACCUGGACGUUGCCAUUCUCCAGUUAGACACUUUCUUAGGCUCGUGCAACUCAAGUGACUCAGUACCCUGGGACGCCCUGCUGUACAUGACGGGGGAGUUGGUGUAUGGGGGAAGAGUGACUGAUGAUUUCGACAGGAAGUGUUUGGCGACAGUGAUGAGGAGGUUCUACAGUGCAAAGAUAUUCGGAGAGGGCUUUUCGUUCACUUCCGAUCAAGUCUACAAAAUGCCUUCCACGUCUGACGAUUCCUUCUCUGCUGUUUCCAAGUUAAUUGAGGAAUUACCUGCAGAUGACCUGCCAGAGAUAUUUGGGAUGCACUCCAAUGCGCAGAGGUCUUUCCAGAUGAUGGGGUGUCAUACUUUGGUGGAACAGAUGAAGAGUCUGCAGCCGAGGAUGUCCAGUGGAACCAUCAGUGCCGGACAAAGUGACGAAUCCAUAGUGUUAAGCAUGGUCAAUGACAUGCUAUUCCGAGUGCCCCAAAUAGUCGAGCAAGCUACCAACCCCACAACAACCGACAACAAACCCCACAAUGCUCCCAAAGGGGGUCACCACUCUUCUCAGACUACUAAAGAUGUACACCCUAUGCCGACUACAGUCAAUGGGCUGAGUAAGUUUGUGAGUGACGUGAGGGCAUCGAUGAGUCAGAACCAGUUCCUGGCAAAGAAGCAGACAAUCGGAAAUAUACCAGAAGUUUCUCCCAUAUCAGAGUCUGCUCCCGAGUACACUCAAAACAUCUCAGAAGUGUCCUUGAUAGCCCAGUCUGCCCUCGUGACCUGUCUGAGACAGGAGAUUGACAGAUUCAACAGACUCCUCCGCCUCAUCAGACGCACUCUCCACUCCCUCCAUUUGGCCAUACAGGGCAUACAAGUCAUGUCCGAGGAGUUAGAGGAGGCAUUCAAUGCUUUAGUCCAGCAGAAGGUGCCCAAAAUGUGGCAGGCUGUGGCGUACGAGAGUGUGGCUAAUGUGUCCUCGUGGGUGAGUGACCUCAUCCUCCGAGUGGAAUUCAUGGCCUCAUGGUCCGAACUAGUGCUCAAUGCAGUCCAGACCGUCUACAACGGGACAGGGGGAGACGGUUCGAAUCUGACUCUAAACCCGAGGGCAUUCUGGCUACCUGCAUUCUUCUUCCCACAAGGCUUCAUCACCUCAGUGCUGCAGAGUCACGCGAGGGAGAGUGGAGUGUCCAUAGACUCCCUCUCCCUCUCCUUCGCCCUCACAAAUACCCCUGGGGGAGUCAGCACUCACGACAUCAGGGACCAAGUUAUGGGGACCUCCGACCGAGUGCCCGAGGGAGUGUUGAUCUUCGGACUGUUCAUAGAUGGGGCUGGCUGGGAUGGGCAGAACAACACACUAAUGGAUCUGCCUCCAGGGGUCAGAUUCAGUUCACUGCCUGAACUGCAUCUCAUUCCGGUCAAGAAUGAUACCCGGAAAACCUCCGCCGCUGUCCAAGUAGAAUCCGCUGACCCCUCAACUACUAGUUCCAACUCACCACUCCCCCCACCGUCUACCCCAAUCUACUCUUGUCCGCUCUAUCGCACCCCCCUGAGAACAGGCACCAUGUCAUCUACUGGACACUCAACUAACUAUGUCAUGUGUGUGGACAUUCCAAUUGAGGGCUACGAUUCAGACUAUUGGAUCAGCAGGGGGACUGCUUUGCUAUGCCAGACUGGAUAACUAGUUAUGAAUGUAUAAGUAGUUAUGAAAACUGGUUAACUAGUUCUAACUUAAGAGUUCUGAUCUUGGGACUUGCUCAAAACUUCAACAAAUAAAAAGAUUUAAAUGAAAAACCGAAGAUUAUUGAGUCGAUUGCCACAAACUGUUUUACUAGUAAUAAUGUUAGAUGCAACAAAACGAAUAUUAAAUUCGACAUAACUACAAUAGCUUUUCAAAUUUUCAAUCGAAAACUUUUCUGCCAAUUGUAAAGUAUCAAAAUGUUCCAGAAAAAAGUAGUUAUUCAUCUUGCCAUAAAAACUCAAUCAUCUUUUAGGCGAGUAGCUAUAAAAAAAUUAUCUGAUCAAACUUGCGACGGCGCUUUGCAAAGUGUCAUUCCUUGCAAAUGCAUAUUCCUGUAAAGAAGGUUUUUCCAAUCGUAGAUACAUGAAAAUUGUACAUGUCAAAAACUGGCUCAUCCUUUCUCCAUGUGUAAAUAGUGUUGCUAUGUAAAUUCAAAACUGUAAGAAACUGAGUUCAUGGCGAAUAUUUUUGUAAUUAACUGUUCAGAAAUUC